ACCAGGCGAAGCUGCAAGAAGCUGCCACUGGUUAUCUCUGUCUAUGUCUCCUAAGCUGAAGCGGGAGCCUCGCAUCAGACAUAGGCAGCUACGGCGCUUCGGGGUUCGUAAUAAUCAGUAUUAUACUUUGAUUUCAUUAGCGCAAAGCGAACUACUCAGUUUCUUCCCUAAGGGAAGAAGUUUUUAAAAUUAGCCCAGAUCCUUCUUUUGGAAGCAAGUUCGAGGAGAGACAUGCUGGGUGCACUCGGACUGCCACCCGGUUUCAGUGGCAGAGCUCAUCGGGGAUUCCUUCAAUUUUCAGACUGCUGAAGUCGCUCCUAAGGUUGGAUGGCACUGCAUCGAUCCCAUCAACAUUCCUUGCAAGAAACUGACACCAUGUUGUUUUUGACAUCCCCACAGCCUCCCAACUCUACCUACUCCUGGACGUACACCAGUUUUCUGAUGGAAACCGACUCUAUGAAUGCUACCAACAAUGGCACAAAAAACAUAACCGAUCCAAAUAUUGACAAAACAAGCAAUGCAGUGAUCAGUUUUAUGUAUUUUGUAGUGUGCGCUGUGGGGUUGAGUGGGAACACACUGGUCAUUUAUGUUAUCCUGCGCUAUGCCAAGAUGAAAACAGUCACAAAUAUUUACAUCCUCAACUUGGCUAUUGCUGAUGAGCUAUUCAUGCUUGGCUUACCCUUCAUUGCAAUUCAGUUGGCCCUUGUCCACUGGCCUUUUGGUCAGGCCCUUUGCAGAGUUGUUAUAACAGUGGAUGGACUAAAUCAGUUCACCAGUAUCUUCUGUCUCACAGUCAUGAGCAUCGACAGGUACCUAGCAGUGGUUCAUCCUAUCAAGUCUACAAAAUGGAGGAAACCUCGAGUGGCCAAAAUGAUAAAUGGUGCAGUGUGGGGACUCUCACUGCUUGUCAAUUUGCCCAUCAUAAUUUAUAGUGGUCAGAGAAUAAAAGAUGGCAGAAGUAGCUGCACUAUUGUCUGGCCUGAUCCCCCAGAAGCAUACUACACUGGAUUCAUGUUCUAUACUUUCUUCCUGGGCUUUUUCUUACCAUUGACUGUCAUCUGUCUGUGCUAUCUGUUUAUCAUCAUUAAGGUAAAGUCCUCUGGCAUUAGAGUUGGAUCCUCUAAGAGAAAGAAGUCAGAGAGAAAGGUAACCAGGAUGGUGUCCAUUGUGGUUGCAGUUUUUGUUUUCUGCUGGCUGCCAUUCUAUGUCUUCAAUGUCACUUCAGUGACAUGCUCCCUUGAGACCACACCUGUGAUGAAGGGCAUGUUUGAUUUUGUAGUCAUUCUUGGCUAUGCCAACAGCUGUGCCAACCCUAUCCUCUAUGCUUUCUUGUCAGAAAACUUUAAGAAGAGCUUUCAGAAUGUCCUUUGCAUCAAGAGGGUUGGAGGGUUAGAUGAUAUAGAAAGAAGCGAUAGCAGGCAGGAUAAAACCAGGAUGAUGAAUGAUGCAACUGAAACUCAAAGUUCACUGCUAAAUGGAGACCUUCAGACCAGCAUUUGAUUUGGAAGGCAAGCAAGUAUGUAAUCACACUCACCUCAUCCUUUGAAGAGGUUAUUAUCUUUCUGAAUUGUCUUUUGCCUGUGUCAGGAGAUGUAUUUGCACUUUAGUAUUAGAAUUAAAGUGGAAAAUGGUUGGCUAGAUCUUCAAAACUAGCACAGAAUUUUAUAUUGUUAUCAUAUGUUCUCAAGAUCUCAGCUCUACAAAAUGGACACUUGGCCAGUCCACUGACAGAUACUCAAAGCUUGGAAGAAAAAGACUUUAUACUUUAAGAUUACAUGUUUUUAACAGUUGUUUUAUUUUUGGUGUUUGUUCUUAAACAAUCUAAGAAACUGAAGAUGCAUUUAAAUACUGGUUCACUGUUAGCAGGUCUAGGGCGAUACAGCCUUUGUUUCAUUAAGGGCAUUUGUUUUUCUUAGUAGUUAUCAGAAGCAAAAGAAAAAUAAAGAGAUUUAAACAAAACAAAGCAAACAACAUGCACACAGGCACAUUCAUACUUAUAGCAUUAGGGUUAGGGUUGUAGUGUCUUCUCCUUGAUGCCUUUGAUUUACAGUACCUUCAUGACACUUGAAAGUUUAAAGAAUUUUAGAAAAUGGAAGUAUGAAUGAAAUACCAAACUCCACCUAAGAAAAUACUCAGACUACGUCCACAUACUACAUUUUCAUUUAGGAAUGCAGACAUUAUUCUCCAUUUUCACCUUUUUGUCCAUGCUACCUCAGCAUUUUAACCCCCAAAACAAAGACUUCUGAAAAAGCUCUUCAGAGUUGUCUACCUCUGAAAAUGUCAGCUAAACUUUGCAAAUUGAAUGGAUAAAAAUGUAGGCUUUUCAAACUGCAGGCUGUAAUUGUGCUCUGAUUUGUCCUUCUUUACUAUGUAAUCCUUUCCUGUUUGGAUCCUUCUCAUUACAACAUCCCUUUCUCUGACUGGUCACCCUUCAUGGAAGAAAACUGUCUUGCAAUAUACCAGACACAGGAAAGCUGCUUUCUUUGGACUUAAAUUCUGUACAAUUUGAAUGACACAUACUUGCGCAAAAGGCAAAUAAUUCACUGGUCACUAUAGUCAGUCAGUCAUUGUCCAACCCGCUGGGAUUGGUCACUAUAGUUUCAUGAUAAAUUCUGUAGCCAGAAAUGUUACUAUCCCUUCAAGGAUUUUUCUACCAAUAUGCGCAUGCCCAAUGAAGCCGAAUAUCUACGUUAUUUUCAUUUCAAGUACUUUCAUUGUGGACAGGGAUACAUUCGUAAAUGAUGUGAACAUGCUAGAGUGGACGGAGAUAAUUUUCAUUUAAAAGCACCUUUUUUAAAAGAAAAUGUAGUAGUGUGGACGUAGACUUGGACUAGCAAAUUCUCCUUUCUAAAUUCUCAUUGAAAUUUUCCCCAGUGUUUUUUAGUCAAAGACUAAUGCUGCCUGUUCAUUAGGAGAAAACAAUCAUGUUAAUUAACUACAACCUUCUUCUCAUAAAUGUCUGUGGAAACAGACCUGCUCAGACAUCGCCCAGAAUAAUAAAAUACAGAUUAGGGAGUUCCCCAUAGGAUUACUUUUUUUCUUUGUACAGGUCAGAGUAUUUUUUUGCCCACUUGUAGAACUUGCUGUUCUUUCUCCUUUAGACAAAAGUAGUCAUACUUGCAUUCACUGCUGAUACAUAACUUCAUAAGCCAAUGGCCUAAUUUUUAAGAAGAUAACUUUUGAAGCAUAGCUGUCAUUUUCUUCCAGGGAUUUCAGAACCAUUGUACAGUUUUAGGCAAGUUAUGCUAAAUAGUAUUUUGCAUCAUUAGUUUAAAAGCUAUAUAAACUUAACAUACAACUUGCUAAGUCAUAUCUCUUCUUCAGCAUUUUUGUCUUUGUAACUGGUAAUGCUUUAACACAGUAUUUAUAUCACACUACAGUGAACUGUAUUUCACCAUUGCACUUGAAUGUUUGUUCUUGAUUAAUUGUAGAUAAUGAAAAUAGUUCUUUUUGAGCCUAAUUCCUUUUAUUAUGCUUUACUGAAUAAAUGAUUGGUCUUAAAGUUGAACAAUAGUAGAUCAUUAUUUGCUUAAAGCUAAAAUGAAAACACAGUUUUAUUUUUAUUUAUUUAUUUAUUUAAGAGCUAUAGGAUACUACAGAGGACCAGACUUUGCCAAUAAAACUACUGUUGUAAAUGUGGCUAAAAUCUACUCUCACAUCUCUCCACCACCUCCCACCAUCAGCAAAGUUUAUGAUAUAACAGUAAAGGAUAUUAAAAACAACUAUGGAAAAAAAUCAUGUGUAAUCAACAUGUUAGUUAUUCAGUUAUAUUGACAACAUGCAAAACACAGACAAUUUUUUCAAUUUAAAUUUUGUUAAAUAAACACU